AUGCCGACCCAGAAGUCUGUUCAAACCAGCGUCUUAACAACGGGCCAGAAGCAUGGAGCCCGUCAAGAGGCGUCAGAAGCCAGACAGCUAACAUCAACGUCUGGUACUAUGCGAAGGCAGAACAAACGCUCACAGAACGUUGACAACCUGACGCCAACCAACAACCGAGGGGUGGGUGAGUUGGGCUUUCGUACCGAGAGGGGCGAACAGGCUUCCGCGUAUGUCACAGCUGGCAGUCUGCGAAAUUUCGCCUCUACUGAUGACCUCAAGAUGCGCUCAAUAUGGCAGCAGCAACAGCAGCACCAUCAACAACAGCACCAUCAACAACAGCACCAACACCAGCAACAGCAACAGCACCAGCAACAACAACCGAAUAAUCUUCAACCCCUGGCAUUGCAUCAGCUGCAACUGCCUCAGCAACCAUAUCAGCAGCAGCAGCCGCAGCAGCCGCAGCAGCAGCAGCAGCAGCAUCAACAACAACACCAGCAGCCGCAGCCACAACAGGAAAACCAGACACGAGAAUUCGCCAGUUUUGAGCCGUAUCCGAGCAAACAGUUUGUGCCAACCCUGGUCAGUUGGUCAUCACGUCUGGGAGAGUAA